AUGUCAAAUCGUCAACAGAUAGACUCUGUCAUCGAUGAUGAGGACGAGUUCUGCCCCCUUUGCAUCGAGGAAUUCGACCUGUCCGACAAGAACUUUAAGCCAUGUCCUUGUGGAUACCAAAUCUGUCAAUUCUGCUACAACAACAUCAAGACCCACAGUGAAGAAGGCCGUUGCCCCAACUGUAGACGGGUCUACGAUGACAGCACUAUACAGUAUAAGGUUCCCGAUGCAGAUGAAUUUAAAGCGGACUUGGCAUUAAAACAUCGAAAGGCUGCCGCUGCGAAGAAGAAGGAGGCGGAAAAGCGCGAGAUCGAGGCUUCGAGUCGGAAGAACUUGGCCGGCGUAAGGGUCGUGCAAAAGAACCUUGUCUACGUGAUUGGCCUCAACCCCACCAUACGCGACGAAAGUCAGCUCCUCCAGACGCUUCGCGGACGGGACUAUUUCGGUCAAUAUGGAGACAUCGAAAAGAUUGUCGUCAGCAAAGCGAAGCCCGGUGGCAAUCCCAACCAAGGCAUCGGUGUCUACGUCACGUAUUCGAGGAAGUCGGACGCCGCAACCUGUAUCUCUUCGGUGGACGGGUCUGUAAAUGGUGACCGUGUCUUGAGGGCUCAAUACGGCACGACGAAGUAUUGCUCCUCAUUCCUGCGCAACGAACAGUGCCAUAAUAGAAAUUGCACCUUCCUGCAUGAGACGGGCGAGGACAGCGAAAGCUAUAGUCGGCAGGAUCUUUCCUCCAUGAACACCCUUUCCAGUCAACGUCCGAACGGCGCGCCCAGUGGACUCAGUCAUACGUUCCCCCCACAUGUCGCCCGUUCGUCCGCAAUGCCGUUGUCACAACCAAUGCGCCGUCAGCCGAGUAAAGACGACGCUGUCAGCAGCCGUCCUCCUGAUGGGUCCGCCCUUCCUUCCUCGGCGAGCUGGGCGAACAAAGACUCAGCGAUCAAUCGCACAAGGCGGGCAAGCCUUACUGGUAGCCAAGCGUCUCAAAGCCCACGACCCGCAAAUGCUACGGUUGUGACUAGUAUAGAGGAGCCGAAGCGUGCCGACAAACAACCCGCAAAUGUUUCCGCAAUUGUUCCAGAACGCCGCCAAACUCCAGUGCCGGAGCCACUGUCUUCCACUCCUGAAUCUCCUGUUGAAUCUCACCCACCAACUGACACGGAGACUCCCUUAUUUGAGAACUUAAUCAAGGCAGUUAAUUCACCUGAUUUCAAAUUUGUCUUUUCGGCGGCUGGUCUGCCGGCAGAAGAGGUUGCUCUCAUUGAGAAUCACCCUUCCUUCAUCGACCCUUAUGGUGGCGUAAAACGUCGCGCUAUGCGGGAGAAAGCUGAGCAGGAGCGUGCAAAAAGAGAACAGGAGCUACUUCUGUCGGCUGCUGCUGAAGAAGAAAAUCGGGAAAGCGGCAGCCUUCAGCUUGGCGGCGAGCCAGAUGAUGCCCAUCCCCCAAGAGGUCGGGGUUCGCGGGAGUCACACGGUGCUAUUCAGCCUCCUUCGCAGCAAGGCACUACAACCAACUCCGUGGUCGGCUCCCCGGUUUCUGCGACGAGUCAUCAGUUCCAGGGACUGAAUCUGGCCGGCCGGAGUUUGACUCCUCUGCAACAGCAGCAACUGAUGCUACUUAAGUCUGCGAGCAAUCAGCAGGCCGGCAUUGUGGACCCAUUGCAGAGUGGAAUAAGCUCCGCCGCCUUCGAUCAGGCUGCACAGGUUCGCCAAGGUCUUCUGCAAAACCAAAUGGUAGCACAAUUAAACGCCUUGCAAGCCCAGAAUCGCCAGAAUUCCCGCUUCUCCUUCAAUAAUGAUGCCGGCUCAAAGAACCUUCCAAAUGUUAGAAUGCUAAGUCAGCAGGCGUCCUUGAUGCAAUCUGCGACUCCCAACCCGCUUGCUGCACCCAGUCCUCAACAUGGACUAGCUAGCAACUUCUACACUAGUGGCGUUCAAGGCCCGCCUCCAGGCCUGAAGACGGCUGGCACACCUCCCAUCAGCGGAGGAGGAAUGUUCGCUCAGGGUCACGGUUUUACUACGAACUCUAACCUCGGCCUGGGUGGUAAUAUUGGGAAACAGGAAAACCCGGAAUUGAUGCGCGAGCUGCUUCGAAGUCGUAGUGGUACAAAUGCUAGUGGUUUACAGGCACAGGAUGCCGCUAAGCGUGAGUUCAUGUUUCCUUUCCUCCAACAGCACCAAACUCCCCCUCCCCUGACUCCUGCGAACGGCCUUCUCAGCUCUUUCUAUGGCUCUCAGACGGGGAAUUUCUCCGAGUCUGGGCCACAGAAGCAGAAGAAGAAGGGGAAGAAGCACAGACACGCUAACACUUCCUCCGGUGGAGGCGGUGUAGUAGAUCUUGCGGACCCGAGUAUCCUGCAGGCGAGGAUGCACCAGGUGGGUGCGAAUACUGCUGCUGGGCAAGCACUUUAUGGGAGUCAGGGUCAAGUUGACGAAGAAUUUCCACCUCUCGGUGCUCCAGCAAAGGACAAGCGUCCAGUGGACAGCUUUGGUUUUCUAGGCCGAUCCCAACUCCCUUCUGAGCCCCAAAGCUCCGCGCGGGCUGGUACUCCAACAUUACCGCCAGGUCUCCCCCUUCCCCAUGCCCAUCCAGCGGCUGCAUUGUUUCAGAGUCCUUUGAACCCUUCUAGUCCGGUCUCUACAGUUUCAGUUCCACCCGGUCUAAGUAUUCCUUUCAACAGGCUUGGGACACCGUCUCAGAACUUUCAAGAGACUGUUUCCCGUCAACAGUCGCCGGACAAUAAAAGCACUCAGGACAAUAUAACCACCUCAAACCGAACUAAGAACGCUUCCGAAAUUUCCUUAGGUUCACCAGUGCCGAAGUCAGCCAACAAAGCUCGCUCACAGACCGAGGACGACCUGACAGGUGCAUCUGUUGAUAAAUCUACCAAAAAGUCUGGAGGUGCCACUGAAGACAAGCCAACAUCGGCAACAAAGGGAAGGCCUAUGACGCUGGAAAUCCCGCUCAAUAUGGCACAAGCUCAGGAGAGCACUCCGUCGAAAGGUGAACCGUCGGCUCAGACUGUGAGCAGUCAAGCUCCAGCUUCUGCCGUCGGCUCCCGACCAAAUACACCCUUGACCGGAGUUUCGCGUCUCUCUGACUCCUCGGCUCCACGCCAAACCAGAACCCCUCCUGCUUCCGCCACUCAGUCCAUCUCGUCCCAACUUGCAACUGCAAAGGGGCGACCUGACACUCCCGGUGACUUCGGAUCUGAAGCCGAUCUCUAUACGUCCGCGUCUGUUUCCCGUGCAAACUCUCCUCUUGCGUCCUCCAGAAUUGGCUCCGCGCCUAAAGAACGUAGACAAAAGGCCAAGGAGGCGGAAGCUAAAAAGCAUGAGGCGGCGCCUAUCAUUGGAAGGAAGCGUAAAACCAAGAAGACACCUACGAGUAAUCCCGAGUCAACGAUUGCAACUCCCGAUACUCAUAAUAACGAAGCUACCAAGUCCGGUGGAAAUGAGACCAUCGAUGUUGAUCAGCGGACUGAAGCAAAGAAGAGCAAGGCGAAGGACAAAGCUAUAAAGGAUAUCAAACCCAGCCCUAGCCCUGCAGAAGCUUGGCGUUCGAAUAACACCAUUGAGCAGUUAAUUAAGGAUUCGGAAGCUGCCGGUGUCCCAAUCAAGGAACUCUUCUCGGAGCGGACUUCUGCUGGUCACUUUGACCUCAAUGCCCACCCUUUGUUCAAUCCACCCAAUCUGGCCCAACGUCAGCCUGUUGAAUUAACCGAGGAACAUCGUAAAGCGUUGCUGCGUGGGGAGCCUUAUCGUUGCCUAAUCACUCCUCGCGGGUGCAUCCUUCGUCAUUUGGGCCCGGAGGAGGAAGAGCGAUACCUCGAACUGGAGAAGAGAAUCAGUGCUACAAUCGAUCCCUUUCCAGAAUAUCCGCCCACCUCGGUCACAGAACCUGACAUGACUAACCGUGGCGGUGGGCUUGAUGCUCUCUUCGCUACACCUGAAAACUUCAAUAUCUGUUGGGUGGACGAAACCUCGGCCGGACUUUCGUCUGCAUCGCCCUCCGAUAUGACCGCACCCAAGAGCUCGGCUGCCUCUGCUGCACCGGCCCCACCGAAUGUUCUCUCGGCAAUGGAAGCAGACAGUAAUCGCAGUCACAAUUGGGCCAUCGCCAAUACCGCUGAAUUGGUCAAUACGACUGCCACUUCUGUUCGGUCUUUUGCUGCAGCUGCCGCUAAGCACAUGCUAGGAGCUGCGGGUGUCGUGAUUGGCAGUAUGCCAGACCUGGACGACGUGGUUGGAAUGACGGACGAGGAGCUUCGCGCGUUUGCUGUCAAGUCACAGAAGGAGCUUGAGUCAUCGCGCAAGGAACUUGACUCCAUUGACAAGAAACUCAACGCCCUGGUCAAGCGGAACAAGAAGCUAGCACAGCAGGCUUUGGCCACCUCUGUUGAGGGAUGA